UUUAUUCAAACAUCUUGCAAUAUGAAGUCAUUUGUUUUAAUCUCAAUACUGUUGGCAAUUUUAUUCUAUGGAGCAUUUGGAAAUACUGUCAGAGGAGGCAUGUACAGGGAUCCAAAAAAUCCUGGGAUGUGCACAAUUGACAAUAAUAUGAUCCUUAAGGCAGGUGAUGUUGUGAGAAAUCCUCACGGCCAAUGCGCAAUUUUGACCUGCUUUGAAAAUGGACAUGUAACAAUGAUGGACUGUAUGAAGCAAGGCAUGAGGCCGGGAUGUGUUGAAGGUGAAGUUUUAUUACCUGGCGCUCCAUAUCCAGAGUGCUGUAAACGUGAAAUUAAGUGCAAAACUGAUUACUAUUCUUAAUAAAUAAAGAAAAAUAUUACCAAAAUUAGACUGAAAAUAUAAAAAUUAAAUAAAUGUGUUAACUGUUGUUCAUAAAAAAAACAGUACAUUCAAGUGUUUUAAAUAUUAAUAAAAUACUCGUAUAUGAGUUCAAACAAAACAA